AUGGCAUGUUCGGAGGGGCAAAAAGUCGCUUUUGGUACAUAUACUCUGGUAGAAGAAGAUGAGUAUUGGUGGGAGAAUACUCGCCAAUGCCUAGAGGCUGAAGGUCAAGAUGUGACCUGGGAUGUCUUUAAGAGGGUAUUUUUGGAGAAAUACUUUCCUGAGGAUGUUAGGAACAAGAAGGAGAUGGAGCUCUUGGAGCUCAAGCAGGGAAACAUGAUUGUAGCUGAAUAUGGAGCCAAGUUUAAGGAGCUGGUGAGCUUGCGACCUGAAGUGAAGCAAGCUAUGGAUUACCAGGGUGUUCAUCAGUUUCCACUCUUGGUUAACAUGUGCCGGAUUUGGGAUGAAGGCUCUCGAGACAGGGCGAGCUAUUAUAGGAGUACAGGUCCAAUGAAGAACAAAAAGAAUGAACCUUAA